UCCACCAGAAACCGUUCGCUCGCUCGCUCGCCGGCCGCCGCCGCACACGAUGCUCCCACUCGCCGCCGCGAGAGCCUGCCUCUCGUCCUCCCCGGCGCCGCCGAUAUCCCAUCCCAGGACGAUUCCUCUCAUCCGCCUCGCUCCUACCUCUCACUACCACGCGCUCCCAAAGCGUAUUAGGCUUCUCCGGACACUCAGAGCCGCCGCCUCGCCGGGGCCGGGCGCGUACUCCCGCCCUGCCAGGGACCGCGUGAUUGACUUCGGGAAGUACAAGGGGCAGAUGCUGGGCACGCUCCCGCCGUCCUACCUCCGCUGGGUCGUCGCCGAGCUCGACUACGGGGACACCGCGCCAUGGGCGACCCUCGCGCGCGACGUCCUCGACGACCCCGUAUACGUCGACCGCGACGAGUGGGAGCACGCGCACCGCUUCCUCCGCGGGGACACCGACUACGACGGCGACGGCGAGGACGGGCCGCUCCAGGAGAUGGCCGACCGCUUUGGCUGGGACCUCUCCGACGAGGAGGGGUGGAGCCGCCUCGACUUCCGCCUCCUCGGCACCUCCUACGGUGGCCGCAUCCCAAGAAGGAGCGGCCGGAGGCAAACCACCAGCACCAGCUCGCCCGGCGGCGCCAAGAAGGACUUCCUGUUCGACAUGGGGUCUGACCCGGACGGCCCGCGAGGGAAGCGGGACGAGAGGAGGGAGCGGAUGCGGCUGAGGAGGGAGACGCAGGUGAGGAAUGCCAAGCUCGAUGUGCUCGGGGUGAGCGCCGGCGUGAAGGACGACGGUGCUGUCGGGACGGCGAGGAAGGCCCGUACUAGGACUACGGCCAAGAAGGACAUUUUGGGUUUGGGUCGAGGCAGCCGGGGCGGCGAGGUGCUCGGCGAGAAGGUGUUGCCUGGUUCAGGCGGCGAGGGAGGGAACCCGUUCCCCGGCCGUCAAGCAUUCCUCGACAAGGUCAGGAAGCUCAGAGGCGAUAGCUAGUUAGACGACUUCAGGUCCAGGAGACCAGAAUUGUAGGAGGAAUUGUACAUGCAAUUUGUGCAAAAUCUUGUUUUUUGGAUGAGGAUUAGGUUAUGAAAGUGAUAUAUGUGAGGUUCUGUUCAAUUUGUGCCC